UAUAAUAUUUGUCGACCAUCUGUUGGAACCCAAGGACAAUGGAAGCUUUCGCAUACUCCGCUCGGCCACUGGCUUUGCGGAGAACCCUCCGGAUCUCGGAGGUCUAUACCAAUAGUACUGGUUCCUCGCAAAGAAAAGGUCUACAAAAUAGUGACCGGAUACAGCGGCGCUUCAAGGGCUACAUUGCACCGCCCGGCGGUCAAGCUCGGCCAAUAACGGGGUUCUAUGCUGAAAUACUCUCGAAACCAACAAGAAUACGACAACCCCCCGUACCACCAGAAGCACCUCCCACACAACCGAUACCGGCCAAGAUAUCAAGCGAAGUGGACACAUGGGAGAGGGCACAGAAGGUAUUUGGGUCACGAGAAAAGGAGAUGGCUGAACGCAAGAAGCAGAUGGAGGCGGCCACUCAGAAUAUAGCUGGGGUCUUGGUACCCCCGCGCCCGACAGAGCCGGACAACUGUUGCAUGUCAGGUUGUGUGAAUUGUGUUUGGGACAUGUAUCGGGAUGAGAUGGAGGACUGGGCGGCCAAAAGUGCAGAGGCGCGCGCGAAGGUACAAGCUCAGAAUGCAAGUCGGGCUCCCAUUCCUGCUGGAAAUGACACUGCAUCGCUAGCCACAAGUAUGGACGACGAUGGUGGAGGUAGUGAAACGAACUGGGUCCCCAAUGAGGGGAAUUCUGAUUUAUUCGAUGACAUCCCAGUGGGUAUCCGCGAAUUCAUGCGUACAGAGAAGAAGUUGAAGCAGAAGCACAACGCCGAGCGAGCUUCUUCAGCCUGA